AUGUCCAAACAUCUGUUCAAGCCAGUCUCUGUGUUGCUCUUUGUCUUCAAGGCCUUAUCGGAAAAUGACAUAUAUAUAAUAAACCCAUGUGCAUCUCUAGACAAAGUAUUCCUAACCAAAAAACUAGCUAUAUCAAAGCCACUAGCACCCCUGGGACCACUGAUACCACUACAAAAACCACCAAUGCUCAGCUACAUCCACGAUAACAACGACACAGUCGACUUUAGAGAGGCCCACGACACAGGAAAGCCUGUGUCGCUCGAACGUUUAGCCUCUCUCGGACUCAUAUACAAGCACUUCGAUGACCAAGAAGACGUCGAUUCCUUCGCCAAGGAACGUAACUACAAGAACAGAGACAUCGUGAAUAUUUCCAAAGACUCUUUCCCAAACCAACAGGCCAUGCUCGACAAGCUAGCCGUGUUUUACGCUGAACACUUGCACGAAGACGAAGAAAUCAGAUACUGUCUCGAUGGAGAAGGAUAUUUCGACGUCAGAGACCCAUUCACAGAAGAAUGGAUCCGUUGUAAACUCAACAAAGGCGAUUUGCUGGUGCUCCCAGCAGGAAUCUACCACAGAUUCACGCUCACUUCGUCCAACUACAUAAAGGCCUUGCGUCUCUUCAAGGAAGAACCAAAAUGGCAGGCCUACAACAGACCAGAGGCGGACUCAAACCCAUACCGCAAGGAAUAUUUAUCCCAGGUCCAAGCAGGGACUGUAUAA